GAAAGUUGGUAAGCGGAAGUUGUGGUUAGCUUGUCUUGCGUCAGACUGCUCCUCUCCGCCGAGACAACAACAGCAAGAGAAAACCCACGAACCUGGCGAAUAAAGACACACGAAAAUCAUCUUAAUAGGAAUAUUUUGAACUGCGACGACAUUAUCGGAGAGGUUGCUCUAAACUGCUGCAACUCAACAUGGGCCGUAUCUUCUUGGAUCACAUUGGUGGGAGCCGCCUCUUCUCCUGUGCCAACUGUGACACCAUCCUGACCAACCGCGCUGAGCUCAUCUCCACCCGCUUCACCGGGGCCACAGGACGAGCCUUCCUGUUCAACAAGGUUGUGAAUCUACAGCACAGCGAAGUGCAAGACAGAGUCAUGCUGACGGGCAGACACAUGGUACGGGAUGUCAGCUGCAAGAAUUGCAACAGCAAACUGGGCUGGAUAUACGAGUUUGCUACAGAGGACAGCCAGCGCUACAAAGAGGGCCGUGUCAUCCUAGAGAGGGCGCUAGUGAGGGAGAGUGAGGGCUUCGAGCACAUCCCCUCUGACAGCUCCUGAAUCCAUGUUUGUCUUUACAUACCACAGCUUUGUGCCAGCAACAGCGCAUGGACUAGCACUGAGCGCCUGCCAUUCGUGAAUAUGAUGUAACUACAGCAAAAUAAAAUCGCUGGCUACAAAUUGGUAGAAGCGGGUAGUUCUGAGAAGGAGUCAUGCACAUUUUCCCCUAAAUUUACAACAGAAGGUGACAAUGCAUGAGGAUUUACCCUUAAGAGGAAACAUUCCAUUGUCUCUCCUCUACUCUCAAAUUGCCCACAUUUACGAUGCAUGUCCACUGGACUGGGGUGUGGGUAAAAUAAAAUGUGCAGGUGCUGCAGACCUAUGGCUGCUGUCAGGGGGAGAGAAUGCCCUCCUGCCCUGGGACAAGAGGUUUAGUUAGAUGGACAGAUGGUUUAGCCUCAUGUAGGGAUUGAUUAACCAUCAACUGGUUUUGGUGGAUACUCAAUCUUGGCAGGAGACUGGGAUAGUUCUCAUUAUUCACUCUUAGUUAGUGAGUCAGAAAAUCUCAGCUAUUGCACCAAGUGUUCAGCGUGACAGUAUACAAUUCUAGGAUCUUUUAUUUAAGUACUAAGUUAUUUUUCUGUACAAUUGCACCAGUUUUUUGUAGAAAGAACAUUUACUGAAAGUGAACGUAAUAAUUAAUCAUUAAAGAUAGUUUUAAAAUGUUCCUUUAUAUUAAAGAAUCAUAUCAUAUUAUUGAUGCUGUUAUAAAGAAGAUAGAUGGCAAUAUAGGCCUAUAAAGUAUUCAAGCAUCUCCAUUUUGGUUUAACCCUGUGACAGAUGGAUGACAAAAUAGACCAAACUACCUUUUACAGUGUUUGAACAGAAGCUAAUUUUUGUCUUUUGCUGCAGGCCGAUUCUUCCAGCCACCUGCUUUGAUUGAUCUUAUUGCCUUUGGUUGACUGUAUUUUCAUGCUAUUUAUUUUUCAUUCAUGCCAAGCUUUAUUGAUAGCAACUAAUUUGAAACAAAUUGUGGUCAUGUUUGUUCGAUUUUUAUUGGAAAAAAAAUAAAUUUAGUCCUUGAAGAA